AUGUCUCACUUUUCUUCUUCGUUUUCUUGGUUGUUAACUCGGAUUCACCUUACAGGCGUUCUCCCAUUGAAGAACGUUAAGAUGACUCGUAAACAGGAGACGUUGAUAGGUUCUGGAGCUUGUGUAGCACUUACAGUCCUUUUAGCAUUGAAAUUAGUUCGCGAUCAUCUUUCUCAUUGGAAAAAACCCAAGGAACAAAAGGCGAUCAUAGUGAUCAUCCUCAUGGCACCAAUCUAUGCCGUUGACUCAUAUGUCGGAUUGCUUGAUAUUCGUGGUAGCGAGACCUUUUUUGUGCUCCUGGACUCCAUCAAAGAAUGCUACGAGGCUCUGGUAAUGGCCAAGUUCUUGGCUUUGCUUUACACUUAUUUGAAUAUAUCUAUAAGCAAGAACAUAGUCCCUGAUGAAAUCAAAGGAAGAGAAAUUCAUCACUCAUUCCCAAUGACUCUAUUCCAACCUCAUUCUGUUCGUUUAAACCAUCAAAACUUGAAGCUUUUGAAAUACUGGACGUGGCAGUUUGUAGUGAUUCGCCCUGUGUGUUCUGUUUUAAUGAUAGUCUUACAGCUUCUUGAGAUCUAUCCUGAUUGGCUGAGCUGGACAUUUACUAUGAUCUUGAAUGUUUCUGUUUCAUUGGCGUUAUAUGCCCUUGUGAUUUUCUACCAUGUUUUUGCUAAAGAAUUGGCACCACAUAAACCUCUUGCUAAGUUCUUGUGUGUCAAAGGAAUCGUCUUCUUCUGUUUUUGGCAGGGGAUUGUACUUAGUGGUCUUGUGGCAAUGGGGAUAAUUAAAUCGAAUCAUUUUUGGCUUGAUGUGUCGCAUAUCCAACAAGCUUUGCAAAAUGCAUUGGUGAUUGUGGAGAUGGUCUUUUUUGCAAUGUUUCAAAUGUAUGCAUACACUGCUGCACCAUACAAGGCUGCUGACAUUAAAGAAAAGAAGAAAGAGUGAUGGUAAAAAUAUUCGAUUUUUGGGUAUUAUAUAUAAAGGUACCAUUUUUAUGUUUAUGUCUUGAGCUUACGAGGAUAUGUAGAAUAAUUAUUAAUUAUUAAUUCCCUUAUAUAGGGAUUGUAGAUAUUGGAUGGGGCAGAGUGCUUCAUGCUAUAUAUUGUUCUAAUGAUAUUUGAUUACACUAACUUAUAUGGGGGCAGAGUGGGC